AUGCCUUCCUUUCCCACCUACAUCAUUUUCUUCCUCCUUUCUCCACCAAGGUUAAGGUGCUUUUGUUAGUACCAGAGAAGAAAGAUGAGUCAAGGAGACAAUACUUCUACUCCUCCUGCUGAUGAUGUGAAUACCCGAAUGGACAUAAUGCAAAAGGCCAUUACGGAUAUGAGUUCCAUCUUUAGGGAUUAUCUUCAACAUCAGAACAACAAUAAUGCCCCACAAAACACUGGUGGCAAUUCAUAGCAAACAGUGGACUCUAGAGAAGGAAAUGAGCAGUUGACAUUAGUGAAGCAAUUUCAGAACAUGAACCCGCCUAGCUUCAAGGGAGUUCCUGAUCCCGAUGUGGCUGAAUCUUGGGUUAAGAAAUUAGAAAAGAUGUUCAAGCUCCUGAAAUGUACUGACGGGCAAAAAGUGGAGCUAGCAGUGUUCACAUUAGAAGGUGAAGAUGAUGAUUGGUGGACAGCUGCUCAAGAUGGGUUUUCUAAGAGAGGAAAGGAGGUUACAUGGGACAAGUUUGUUCAGGCCUUCUAUCGAAAAUAUUUUUCUACAGUUGUGUUGGAAAGAAAGGAACUAGAGUUCAUGAAUUUGAAACAAGAUGACAUGACAGUUGAUGAGUAUCAAGCUAAAUUCAGUUCUCUUAUAAAGAAUAAGGUGGUUCCUCAAAUGCUAAAGACUUAUGAUGAGGUCUUGGCUACGGCUCAAAUAAUUGAGCAAGAUAUGGAGGAGCAGAGAAUGGAGACUCAUGACUCAAAGGGCAAGGGAAAGGCUAUCAACACCCAGCCUUUCAACAAGAAGCCUGAACAAAGGGGAAAAAGGAAGAUCCCCGAAAGCAAUAGGCCAAGUUUUGAUUUUUGUAAGAGGUGCGAUAAGAACCAUGGGGGAAAAGAAUGUUAUUGGCAGAUUAGGGCAUGUUUCAAGUGUGGGAAGACCGACCACUUGAUCAAGGAUUGCCCGGUUCUCAAGGGAGCAAGUAAAAUACCUAUCUCUUUUGAGAAUGCCCAUGUGUUGAUUGACUCUGGAUCUACCCACUCAUUUGUGUCACCUAAGUAUGUGCCAUUUUUGCAUGUGGAGCCUGAAACCCUUGAUUGUGUGCUUGUGGUGAAUACUCCUUCUAAGGAGGUUUUAACAUCAAAAACCAUUUAUAGAUCUUAUAGAGUUAUGGUAGAGGGUAGAGUUUUACUUGCCGAUCUGAUUUUGUUAGGGAUAGUGGAAUUUGAUGUCAUACUUGGUAUGGAUUGGUUGUCUACCCAUGAUGCCAUGGUUGAUUGUUAUGAGAAAGUGGUUACUUUUUCCGCUCCUAACCAGCCUGUGAUUCAGUUUGAAGGAGAAAAAGCUGGAUCAUUUCCAUUACUUGUUUCUUGCAUGCAAGCUGAUAAGAUGUUGCAGCAUGAGUGUUAUGGAUAUCUGGCAUAUGUUUUUGAAUCUAAAGACAAGCCGGUGUCUGUAGAAGGAAUUUGGGUAGUGGAAGACUUUCCUGAUGUUUUCCCUAAGGAGUUGCCUGGGCUACCUCCAAAUAGGGAAAUUAAGUUUACUAUAAACCUUGUGCCUGAUCUUUUUAUGAAAAAGAAAGAUGGCUCACUUAGAUUGUGCAUUGACUAUAGACGGUUGAAUCAAGUCACCAUCAAGAAUAAAUAUCCUUUGCCAAGGAUUGAUGAUUUGUUUGAUCAGUUACAAAAGGCUCGUGUCUUUUCCAAAAUUGAUCUUAGAUUGGGCUAUUAUCAACUAAAGGUUAAACCCGAGGAUGUGAUGAAGACUGCUUUUAGGAGCAGAUAUGGGCACUAUGAGUUCCUAGUAAUGCCGUUUGGUUUAACUAAUGCCCCUGCAGCUUUUAUGGAUCUUAUGAAUAGGAUCUUUCAGCUGUACUUAGAUAAGUUUGUCAUUGUCUUCAUUGAUGACAUUCUUAUCUUUUCUCUUGAUGAAGAGAGCCACAAGGAGCAUCUUGCCAUUAUUGGCUUUCUGGGUCAUAUUGUCUCAAAAGACGGCAUAUCAGUUGAUCCUAGUAAAAUGGAAGCAGUUGUGAAGUGGGAAAGGCCGACUAGUGUCACCGAAGUGCGGAGUUUUCUUGGACUAGCGGGAUAUUAUAGAAGGUUUGUGGAGGGAUAUUCAAAUAUUUCUGGUCCGUUAACACAACUUACUCGUAAGAAUCAGAAGUUUGAAUGGAUAGAUAAAUGUGAGCGAAGCUUUCAAGAAUUGAAGAACAGAUUGGUCACAGCACCAAUUCUUGCUAUUCCCGACAAUGGAGGAAACUUUGUGGUAUAUACCGAUGCUUCUCACAAAGGCUUGGGUUGUGUACUUAUGCAACAUGGACGGGUGAUAGCUUAUGGGUCUAGAGAGCUCAAGACACAUGAGAGGAAUUACCCUACACAUGAUUUAGAACUUGCUGCCAUAAUUUUUGCACUUAAGUUGUGGAGGCACUAUUUGUAUGGAGAAGAAUUUGAGGUGCACACUGAUCACCAAAGCUUGAAAUAUUUAUUUUCACAAAAAGAGCUUAACUUGAGACAAAGAAGAUGGAUGGAGUAUCUGAAUGACUAUAGAUGCAAAAUUGUCUAUCAACCUAGGAAGGGAAAUGUGGUUGUAGAUGCUCUUAGCAGAAAAUCAACUGGCACUUUAGCAAGCUUAAUGGUGAUGGAGUGGAAACUCUUAGAAGAAUUCAAGAAUUUGAAUGUCAGGUUUUUGCCACCAAAGGUUGAUGUACUAGUGUCUAGUCUGAUGGUUCAACCUACGCUGUUGUCAAAAAUCAAGGAAGCACAACAGAAAGAUUCAAGAUUAAUGGAGUGGAUGAAGGACAGUGGAAAAAGCUCCAAAAUGGGUCUUCAUAUUUCGGAUGAUGGAACCAUAAGACUUGGAGAUAGAAUUUGUGUUUCAUAUGAUGAAGGGUUGAGGACGGAAUUGCUCCAAGAAGCACACAAGUCCAAUUAUACCAUUCAUCCUGGGAGUACCAAAAUGUAUCAUGACUUGAAAGAGACAUUCUGGUGGAAAAGCAUGAAGAAGGAUAUAAAAAUGAAGGAGGAAGACAAGCUCAAGACUACAUUCAUCACUCAAUGGGGUACCUUUUGCUACAAAGUUAUGCCUUUUGGACUCACAAAUGCCGGGGCAACAUACCAAUGCUCCGUGAUUACUCUAUUACAUGACUUUGUGCAUACCAUUGUUGAGCUAUAUGUUGAUGACAUGGUGAUUAUGUCCAAAGAGGAGGUGCUACACACAGAAAAUCUUAAGAAGGUGUUUGAACGCCUUAGAAGAUACAAAAUGAGACUCAAUCUUGCCAAAUGUACUUUCGAUGUGGAUUCGGGAAAGCUACUUGGCUUCAUUGCCAUAAAAUGGCAAGCCAUUGCAGAUCAUCUAGCCGAACAUGCGGCAGAGGAUUAUGAGCCUAUUGAUUGGGAUUUUCCUGAUGAGGACAUUUUGGCAUUGGAGGCAGAAUCUGAUUCAGAUAAUUGGAAGCUCUUCUUUGAUGGAGCUGUUAACCAGCUUGGUUGUGGCCUUGGAGCCGUGUUGGUAUCCCCAAAGGGAGAUCAUUUUCCUAUUGCUAUAAAGCUUGAUUUUGCUUGUACCAACAACAUAGCCGAAUAUGAAGCUUGUAUUGCAGGAAUACAUGAUGCUCUGGAUAUGAAUGUCCGAGAUUUGGAGAUAUAUGGUGAUUCAACACUAAUCAUAUGUCAAACAAAUGGCAAUUGGCAAACCAAGGAUCCAAAACUUAUUCCCUAUCACCAAUACCUUGAAACUCUCAUCAAGAAAUUCAGAUUCAUCUCUUUGAACCAUAUGCCCCGUGCCAAGAAUCAGUUUGCGGAUGCUUUGGCAACUUUAGCUUCCAUGAUCCAAGUCUCCAAGGAUGAUGUGAUUAAGCCUUUGGUGAUUGAAAUUAGUCAAGAACCGGCACAUUGCAUGGAAAUCAAGGUUGAUGACAAACCAUGGUUUCAUGAUAUUAAACAAUUCUUGCAAAAUGGGGAAUACCCUUUAUAUGCUUCUGAGGUGAACAAGAAGACAAUCAGAAAAUUGGCAGCUUCAUACUUCUUGAGCGGAAAUACAUUGUAUAAGCGCUCUGCUGAUAUGACCUUGUUGAGAUGUGUUGAUGAAACAGAAGCAAAACAAGUCAUGACUGAGCUUCCAAUGGUCAUCUUGGUCGCUAUUGAUUAUUUUACCAAAUUGGUAGAAGCGGCAUCUUAUGCUAGUGUUACAAAGAAGGUGGUCACUCGCUUCAUCAAAAGAGAGAUCAUCUGCAGAUAUGGGCAACCAGAGGCCAUCAUUACUGAUAAUGCAAGCAAUUUGAACAAUGACAUGAUGACUGUGCUAUGCAAACAAUGCAAGAUCAAGCAUUUGAACUCUUCUCCAUACCGACCAAAGAUGAAUGGUGCGGUGGAAGCUGCCAACAAGAAUAUCAAGAAGAUUCUAGCUAAAAUGGCAGUCACUUACAAAGAUUGGCAUGAAAUGUUGCCAUAUGCUCUCCAUGCUUAUAGAACCUCUAUUCGCACUUCAACUGGGGCAACACCUUAUUCCUUGGUAUAUGGAAUGGAGGCAGUAUUACCAAUUGAACUAGAAAUCCCUUCUAUGAGAAUCUUAUCCGAGUCAUGGAUUGAUGAAGAAGACUUGAUUCAGAAAAGGAUGGAUUAUCUCAAUUUGCUUGAUGAAAAAAGAUUGGCAGCUCUUUGUCAUGGCCAAUGCUAUCAAUGACGAAUGGCAGCAGCUUACAACAAGAAAGUCAAACCUAGAGUAUUUCAUCAAGGAGAUCUUGUCUUAAGAAAGAUCAUGCCAAAUG